GGCGGGGCCAGGCGCCCAGAGCCAGCGGCGGGAGGGCUGCCAGAGCAGGUGGAGGGCUGGUGGCGGAGGGGCUGCCAUGGCCUGGCCUCUGGGGCCAGAGCACCCACUCUCACCUCUCCCCUCCUUGCCUGCCCGGGAUGCCUGCCAGACUUCAAUCUUUGCUGAGGCCCCCGCCUGACCAGCCUCCCCUCCACAUCCAGUUGGGAUUUGGGGGCUGAGCUGUUUGGGGUCCCAGGGCCAAUGCAGUGCCGGCUCCUCCGGGGCCUGGCCGGAGCCCUCCUCACCCUUCUAUGCAUGGGGCUCCUCUCUCUUCGGUACCACUUGAGGCUGUCUCCGAAGGGCGUGCGGGAGACCCCCGGGCUGAGCCCACCAAGCCCGUGGCUUCCUGAGCUGCAGCUAAAGGAUGUCUUCAUCGCAGUCAAGACGACCCGGACCUUCCACCGCUCCCGCCUGGAGCUGCUGCUCGACACGUGGGUCUCCAGGACCAGGGAACAGACAUUCAUCUUUACUGACAGCCUGGAUGAAGGCCUCCAGGAGAGACUGGGGCCCCACCUCGUGGUCACCAACUGCUCUGCGGAGCACAGCCACCCUGCCCUGUCCUGCAAGAUGGCUGCUGAGUUUGAUGCCUUUUUGGCCAGUGGGCUGAGGUGGUUCUGCCAUGUGGAUGAUGACAACUAUGUAAACCCAAGGGCGCUGCUGAAGCUGCUGAAAGCCUUACCACAGACCCUCGAUGUCUACAUAGGCCGGCCCAGCCUGAACCGGCCCAUCCACGCUUCUGAGCCGCAGCCCCACAACCGCACGAGGCUGGUACAAUUCUGGUUCGCCACUGGGGGUGCUGGCUUUUGUAUCAACCGCAAACUGGCUUUGAAGAUGGCACCGUGGGCCAGUGGCCCCCGCUUCGUGGAUACAUCUGCCCUCAUCCGGCUGCCUGAUGACUGUACUGUGGGCUACAUCAUUGAAUGCAAGUUGGGCGGCCACCUGCAGCCCAGCCCCCUCUUCCACUCCCACCUGGAGACCCUGCAGCUGCUAGGGGCUGCCCAGCUCCUGAAACAGGUCACCCUCAGUUACGGCGUUUUUGAAGGGAAGCUCAACGUCAUUAAACUACAGGGCCCCUUCUCCCCUGAGGAGGACCCCUCCAGGUUUCGUUCCCUACAUUGUCUCCUCUACCCAGAUACUCCCUGGUGCCCACAGCUGGUGGCCCGAUGAACCCUGAACUGCUGGGCAACAGGCCUCCGGUUGUACCUCUGCUCCCAAGGCAGCCCUGAGGGCCUGUGGCAAGUGCCCUGGGGUGAGCAGUCCCUGGCAGGACCUCCGAGUGGUGGGCAAGCCCAAGAUUGGAUGGUGGCUGGUGGUGAAGGCAUCCCAGGCCCCUUGGAGGUGGGCUGGACAACUCAGGGACAGGUGAGGGCCAGGGGCUGGGCUCCCAUGGGCCCUGGGUGACUAAAUUGAACAAGGGUGGGGUCAUUGAGCUGGGCUGAAGCUCAGGGGUCCUAACCCUGCAGAGAAUUACAUAGGCCCCUGGGUGGGGUCUGGUCCCCAUCCCCAGCUCUGGUCUCUCAGUUAUACCCCUGGGGUCAAGCACGGGGCCACCCACUCCUGGAUCCUUUGGCUGGGUCCCCAACCACUGAGGGCCCCAGGUGGAAAAGUCGCAGCAUUGCAGAUAUUGUUGUUGCUGACCGGUCUCCAGCCCCUUGCUCCCCACCUCUUGCUAACAGAAUCCUGUUUUGUUUGGAGUAUCAGCCUGCCCAGACCAGAUAAUGGGUAAUAAUGGGCCCCAACCCACCUUGAUGAACCUUUCGUUUACUUUCCCGGCCUCCCUUGCUGUUAGGAGCUACUAUGUGCCCCAGCUCUGGCUCCUGUCUGUUAGUGUAAACUAAGCAAAGCCAAUAGAGAGGAUUCUGGGGAAAGUUUGCAGCUUCAUGCUCCAUCUUCCUGCUGUGAAUGUGGGUGUGAUGUCCGGAUCUGGGGCAGCCACUUUGUUGCCAUGAAGAAAAGGCCAAGACAAUCAUCUACACCUAUGCUUUCCAGCAUCUGGUUCUGUAAGAAAAUUAAACCCUUAUUUGUUUAA